GGUUGAAAACUAAAGUUGGCAAACAAAGAAAGUCAGCGUAAUAAAGCAUUUUAUAUCGAAAAAACUUUAUUUUUAAGUGAAAGUCAGUUAGUUUAGUGUGUAUUAAGUGUCUAGUGCACGAUGUUGGAUUUGGAAAUCGUUCCUGAGCGUUCUCUAGGCUGUGAUGCCUGGGAGUUCGUACUAGGGAUGCAUUUCUCUCAAGCUGUGGCCAUAAUACAGAGUCAAGUGGGAACAAUAAGAGGAGUACAAGUGUUAUAUAGUGAUCAGAACCCGUUAUCCGUGGACCUAGUAAUAAACAUGCCCCAAGAUGGCGUCCGGUUAAUAUUCGACCCGGUCGCGCAGCGGCUCAAGAUCAUAGAAAUAUACAACAUGAAAUUAGUUAAGCUUAGAUAUUGCGGGAUGUGUUUCAAUUCGCCGGAGAUAACGCCAUCUAUUGAGCAAGUAGAGCAUUGCUUCGGCGCGACACACCCCGGCCUAUAUGACUCGCAGCGCCAUCUGUUCGCGCUUAACUUCAGGGGGCUGAGCUUCUACUUCCCUGUUGAUAGCAAAUUUGAGCCCGGCUACGCGCACGGGUUAGGAUCGUUGCAGUUCCCUAAUGGAGCAUCGCCGGUCGUCUCUAGGACAACCAUUUACUACGGAUCUCAACACCAGGUAACGGAAAUUAAGGGUAACACGGGUACAGGUUGUACGGCGCCGCUGCCGGAACUGCCGCUGACCUGCUACCGUCAGCAGCUGCACCUGCGCCGGUGCGAUGUUCUGCGAGCACCGCAAGCCACCAGGGGGGUCAGACUGCACAUGUUCACAGAGGGUACAAGUCGCGCUUUAGAGCCGGUACAGGUGUCUCUGUGCCGCGUGAUCCGCUUCGGGGACAGCUGCCAGCGGGUGGCGCGUUGCCUCGGCGCCCCCGCUCGCCUCUACUACAAGGCGGACGACAAGAUGCGCAUCCACCGGCCGACCGCGCGCCGCCGCCCCCCGCCCGCCUCCGACUACUUCUACAACUACUUUACGCUGGGCCUGGACAUAUUGUUCGACGCCAGGACGCACCAAGUGAAAAAGUUCGUCCUACACACUAACUAUCCCGGACAUUAUAACUUCAACAUGUAUCACCGCUGCGAAUUCGAGCUAGCCGUGCAGCCAGACAAAUGUGAUCCAAAUUCGCUGGUUGACAACCGUGGCGCGGUCAGUAUAACCGCGUACAGCAAAUGGGAAGUGGUCUCGAGGGCGUUACGCGUCUGCGAGCGGCCAGUGGUUCUCAACCGGGCAUCUUCUACCAACACCACCAACCCGUUCGGCUCCACCUUCUGUUAUGGGUACCAGGAUAUGAUCUUUGAGGUGAUGUCGAAUAACUAUAUAGCCUCGAUCACGCUAUACCAGCCAGAGGGCACGAAACCACACUACGCUGUAAACUCGAUCGCGUGACAUACUCAGGUAUCCCCGAGCAAAGGCACGUACGCGUCGUGAACAUUUCAGUUCUUAAAAAUUUCCACGUAAAACCUCCACUCGCGGGGCAACAUUGAGCCCGCGCCACAGAUAAAAAUACCGUGACCGCAGAUAAUGUACUACGUAUCCCUUAUUAAGCACCUAAGAGGAAACAGUAUUUAAAAAAAAAUG